UAAGACACAGAGACAACCUCUCUGGGUCUGGGCCUAAGUUGAGUCGCCAUGGCCAAACGCACCAAGAAGGUCGGCAUUGUCGGUAAAUAUGGGACUCGCUAUGGUGCCUCCCUCCGGAAAAUGGUGAAGAAAAUUGAAAUCAGCCAGCACGCCAAGUACACCUGCUCCUUCUGUGGCAAGACCAAGAUGAAGAGACAGGCUGUAGGGAUCUGGCACUGUGGUUCCUGCAUGAAGACAGUGGCUGGUGGUGCCUGGACCUACAACACCACUUCUGCAGUCACAGUCAAGUCAGCCAUCAGAAGACUGAAGGAAUUGAAAGACCAGUAGAAGCUCUGCUGUUUGAAACAUCCCUAGUCUACAAUAAAUGGGUUAAUUUAUGUAAUAAAAAAAAAAGAAA